AAGGCAAAAAAACAAACAAUGUCAUCCUCUGUGUUAAAUACAUUAUUGGUUUUAUUAUCAUUAUUGUUAAGUGUAUUUUUGUGUUAUGUGAAUGGAAAAUCAUUUAUGGUGGAUUCAGAUCCUUUAAAUGAUAUGCGAAUUAUUAAACAAUGUAACCAAAGCUCACCGGUUGAUGUGGGUACAUUGAACCAAAUUUUGAUCAACAAACAUGUAGUGGGUGAUGAAUCUAGGAAAUUUAAUUGUUUUUUACAUUGUUUGUACAAGAAUUACGGAUUUAUGAACGAAGAAGGUGGAUUUGAUACCGACUACAUGAUACGAGUCUUGAAUGAAAUACCUUUAACUAAAUCAUUAAUUGAAGCGUUAGUUUACAAAUGUACUGCUGUGAACUCAUAUGAUAAAUGUGAUCGAGCUGUUCAAUUUACGAAUUGUUUUUGGAAAGAAACUCUGUUACAGGAUUCGACUGAAGAGUAUUUGGAAAAUGAAAAUUAUUAUUACAACGCUUAAAGUAUCACUGAGUUAUUUCUGAAAACCUUCCUACAAUUUUGAUUAAUAAUUGUACGCUUAGUAUUUUGUUUAAAAUAAAUUAAUGAAAAAUAUUAUAAAUUAAAGAGUGGAUUUAAAGCACUAAAAACAGAAAAAAAAAUUUGAAAAAAAUUCAAAUUGCAGGCAGAAAGCCAAUAAGAAACUUUUGUUGUAUUUAUUAAAACUAUGUUGCUUUCGCACAGUAUUGUUCUGAGAUUUGCUUGCUGGCUGGAAUGUAAAACCAAAAAACGACAAUAAAAACCAACAACUAGGUUACCCAGAAAACUUGAACUUUUUCAAUCGAUUCAGCUUGCUAUGAACUUAGAAAAAUGCAAAAAUCUUUUAUAAUUAUCAAUUUGUAUU